AUGUCGGACGUUGAGGAGCCCUACAACGAAGCCCCAGAGAACUUCGAGGAUUUCGAUGCUCCAGACCAUUUUUCAGAUGACGAUUUCGCCGAGCCCGCUGGCGCUCAGGAUGGUGAAGAUGUGGCCAUGAAGGCUGAAGAUGGCAGAACCAUCAUCAACGGUGGUUUCAGCGAAGCUGACGCCCAGACCAGAGUGAAGACCGCCAGAGAAUUGUCUAUACCUAAGGAGGACAGAACCACGACGCCAUACAUGACCAAAUACGAGAGAGCCAGAGUUUUGGGUACCAGAGCAUUGCAGAUCUCGUUGAACGCUCCAGUUUUGGUUGACAUCGAGGGUGAAACCGAUCCUUUGCAGAUUGCCAUGAAGGAGUUGGCUCAGAGGAAAACGCCUUUGGUUAUUAGAAGAUACUUGCCUGAUGGUUCUUACGAGGACUGGGGUUGUGACGAGUUGAUCCUCGAUCAGUAA